CUGCUCCUGCAGUCAGUCAAUUAGCACCACAAACAGUAGACGCUUCCAUCACUGGUUUGAGCAAGCAAGCUGGCCGCUCUAGCAAAAUACAACCGCCGAUCCCAGAGUGUUUACUGCCACUUUAGGAAGGGCCAUCAGAUCCUGGGUCGACGUUUGUAGAACGCACGUCAAGCAGUUUGGGUGAUAUAAUACUUCCAUAAUUCCUACAUACUACCAACCGAAAUCAGGGUUCUGUAUGUUUCGAAAAGGAAUUUAAAUAGAUCGAUCAGGUGUGCUACGUUGCUUAGGAACGGUUUGUAAAUAGUGCGUUGCAGUCUCCAGACAAUACAGUAGAUUGUCUGUUGAGCCUGGACUAUAGAAAUGUUGACAAGACGCGAGAAGCUUCUGAUACUACCGUGGCAGCAGCGGCGCUAUAACCACCACAGGCGGAAGGUUCAGUCUGCCCUGCCUGCCAUCGACGUACGACCACCGCCCACACAUGGUCACGUGUGCUGCAAGCUCAAGAAACAGCAGAGAGAGCAGGAACGCACCACACAAAUUGAGCAAGAAAAUUACAGACUGCUUCAGCGCAUGGGAACCAUCACACAGACCAGUCGCCUGGACAAUCACUGGGUGACCCCACCUCCUAGUUUCCUGCAGAGAGUGGGCAUUUACUACUCGCCUGCAAGGAGUGACUCGCGCAGUCAACAAGCCUCUCCUCCAAUCAGCUCUCCUGAUGAAGCCUCCAACAGGAAGAGCCGCUGCUUGGCUUGCAACCCACAGAAAAUUAAACCAAUCAAGUCCGUAUCAGAGGAGAGAGUACCAUGGAAACCAAAACCCCAACGCAGGGCUUCACAAACACGUACUUCUACCAAAGUGACAAAGGUAGUCACACUGUCUGGAAUGCAACAGAGCAAGGACAAACAGACAGUAGACACAUCACCACGGUGCAUAACUCUUACGCGGGGAGGACUUCAUUUGGCAGUCAGCUUUCCUGCCAAUAGUGCCAUUAGAUUACAGGAUGGUCAACUUGACCGUGUACUACAGCGGGAGUACUGCGAAUGCAAGGCACGGAGCACGAAUAGGGAGACAAUAAAACACCAGUAGUUUCAUGAUGAUGUGAAGUCUUUGUU